AUGGAAACCGAAAAUGAGUCCAAAAGUAGCUCGUGGCGGGCGUCCAAAACACUUCUGGUAGUCACGGCGACAUUGGGUCUUUUCACGGAAAACUUUCUGUACGGAUUCGUGGUCCCGAUCCUGCCAUACAUGAUUGAAGUUCGGCUGAAGCUGGACCCAUCAUAUACCCAGCGCCUCACGACGGAGCUAUUGUUUAUUAUGGGAUUGAUUUCCAUGCCAGCCGCUCCAAUCAUCGGCCAUCUAGCAGACAAGACCACCAGCAGGAAAAUUCCCUUGAUCAUCUCACUCAUCGGGUGCACUAUUGGAACACUUCUAGUGGCAACAACUCCUAAUCUAUAUGCGGUCUACGCUGGCCGUAUUCUCCAAGGCAUCGCUGGUACAGGAGCCUGGAUCGUUGGCUUCGCCAUGCUUACGGAUGCUGCCGGUUCAAAGCAUCUGGGCAAAGCUUUGGGUUCGGCCGGCUCCUUCAUCACUGCUGGCGUAUUGACUGGACCCGUUGUCUCUGGGGCACUCCUGCAAUGGACGAACUACUGGACGGCAUGGGCUGCCCCUCUGGCUCUUCUCGGUCUAUGCUUCAUCGCCCGGUUUGCUAUGCUUGAGGAGACUACAACAAAAGAAAUCAAGCCAUCGACGGUGGAUGACGGAGCCGUCGACGAAACAGCUCCACUUAUUGCGGCAGACUCUAGCAAUGGCGGCCAGACGAUACACGGCAACGAGGAAUCCAAGCAAGCUCCAUCACGCGGCUUCUACAGCGUUAUGUUCAGCAUAGGGAGUACGUAUGCCGCUUUGCUCAACGUCACAGCCUUUUCCAUGAUCAUAUCCGGUUUCGAUACUACGUUGCCUGUCCAUCUUCGAGAUGAGUUUGGCUGGAGGCCAGCACCCAUAGGCUCGAUAUUUCUAGGUAUUCAGGUACCGAGUAUGAUAAUGGCGCCCAUGGUUGGAUGGCUACGAGAUCGAAUUGGCCUCCGUUGGCCAACCGCCUUGGGAUGGCUCUGCUCCGCUCCCUUAUUCUGGUUUCUUGGGGUGCCUAGUCAAGACAAUUUUCUCGGGGUCGGGGCGGGAACCAAAGGCCAAGCAGCUUUCGUAGCGACUAUCAUUGCGCUGGGCAUUAUCUGGUCGUUCGUGCGUGGAGCUGGGACCUUCCAACUUACCACCACCAUGCACGAGCUUAAGGAGAAGGAUCCCAACGUGUUCGGCCCAGGCGGAGCGUCGUCGAGAGUAUUUUCGCUCACCGAGACCUCGUUCGCCCUUGGACUCGUACUAGGGCCGCUCGUGACAGGCGCUCUGGCAGACACAGUAGGGUUCUAUUGGGCUACUACUGCUCUCGCCGUGCUGUCUGGCCUCGCUUCAAUUUCAUCGUGGAUCUUCUUCACCCACAAGGCACCUAUCAAAGAGGCAGAAGGGGAAGAAGAAUCUUGA